CUAGACAACUCUUCGACCUCAUCUCCUCUCGGCAACUCGUGCCGUGUGAUCGGACUUUGCCCCGAGCCAUCGCCGAGAUCGAGUCAUACUUAAUCCCUCUAAAACCCCACCCUCGAGCGUCACGCAAAUCCAAUACAAAAUCCAUCAGAGUCCACGCGCAUAAGCAAGAAUGACAGCUUCAGGACCCGACAGAAGCGCUUUUACCUCGCGAGACUCCGUCGCACACAUCUGGCGCGACCUGGGCCUCCCCGAAGCCAGUCUACAGUCGCUCGACAUCAGCGACCCCGAGACACCCGGUCUCCCAUCCUCCUUCAAGGUGGGCCAUCUCGCACAGGCGUCCAUUGCACUGGCGACCUUGCUCGCCGCGCAGAUCCACAGCCUGCGAAACCACAACCACAACCACCUCGCCCUCCCACCACCACCACCACCACCACCACCCCCCACCGUGACCGUUCCGUUCCGCCACGCCUGUGUGGAAUUCAACUCCUGGCGACUCUACACGACCAAUGGCGAGCCAAUCCAGUAUCCCCCCAGCAGCCCGGUAGGAGGCCUGCAUCGGACAUCCGACGGCUACGUGCGCGUGCACGAUGGGUUCCCGAGCCACCGGAACGGAGCCACAGCGCUCCUCGGCUGCGCGCCGGACGAGACAAACCGCGCGGCCGUCGCGGCGAGGGCGGCCGCGUGGCGGUGCGUGGACCUGGAGCAGACGGGCCUGGAGGCCGGGCUCGCCCUCGCGGCGCUGCGGAGCUUCGCGCAGUGGGAUGUGCUCCCGCAGGCCCGUGCCAUCGCGGAUACACCCAUCCGUCUGCGCAAGAUCGGCGACGGCGCGCCGCCAGCGGGGGCGGGGCUGCCGGACCGCCUGGGCCCUGGCGCCGAUAAGUGCCUGCGCGGGCUGCGGGUGCUGGAGAUGUCGCGCGUGAUCGCGGCGCCCUUGGCCGGGAAGACGCUCGCCGCCCACGGCGCCGAUGUCCUGUGGGUGACCAGCCCCCAUCUCCCGGACUUGCCGGCACUGGAUCGCGAGCUGGGCCGGGGGAAGAGGACGAUUCAGCUGGAUUUGCGGGAUGAACGGGAUGAGGCGGAGCUGUUCAGGCUCCUGGAUGAGGCGGACGUGUUCAUCCAGGGCUACAGACCGGGGAGUCUGGCGGCGCGCGGGCUGUCCCCGGAAGCGAUCGCGCGACGAUGUUCGGGUCGCGGGAUCAUCUGCGCGAAUCUGUCGGCGUAUGGGCCGGACGGGCCGUGGGCUGGCCGUCGUGGGUUCGAUUCUCUGGUCCAGACGUGCUCCGGGCUGAAUGUGUCCGAGGCCGAGCACUUUGGGGCUGGGGAGGCUGCCCGUCCGCUGCCGUGUCAGGCGCUGGAUUAUGCGGGAGGCUUCUUCCUGGCAGCCGGCGUGAUGGCGGCGCUGUACAAGCAGGCGACGGAGGGCGGAUCGUGGCAGGUGGAUGUCUCUCUGGCCGGGGCGAUGAAGUACCUGCGUUCGCUGGGACAAUACGAGGGCCGCAGUGGAUUCGACGCGCCCGAUUAUCUCCGUCCGGAGGAUGUGCCGCCGGAGUACAUGGAGACGCAUAUGACGGGGUUCGGCAAGAUGACCUCGGUGCGACAUGCAGGGACCAUCCAGGGAGUGGAGGUUGGAUGGGAGAUCAUGCCGAAACCACUGGGUGCUGACGAGAAGCGAUGGCUAUAGUUAUGCGCUGCUGCCAAUCCAUCUGGGGUUGUGGUCAAGUGUUUGCGUGUCAUGUUGGGUGCAGUUACACACACAUCGCAUCUGUGCAUCUGCUCCCACGCCCCCUUGCUUCUUCCCUUCGCGUGAUAAAGACGCCUGACAGAUUUUGUCGUUGCAUGUUUGUUCCCCCCUCUGUAUGACCUCACAAUGCACGGUGCAUACACCCCCUCCCCCUCCCUUUUCGGUCCAAGUCUCGAAUUGCUUUUCUUUUUCCUCGUCUCGCAUUGCUUUGUCCACGUAUU